CCCUCUCUUUCUCUCUCUCUCUCUCUCUCUACCUUGCUCAGCUUAUAACACAAUGGAGAAGGGCAGUCUAAGAGGGAACGUGAAGCAAAUGCAUCAUUUCAAGUUCAAGGUUCCGUCGUUCGACUUCGUCGGUGACUGCAACGGCGCAAGCUUAGUGGACGGAGACUUGGUGGCCGCAGGGUUCUCAUGGCCGCCGAGGAGCUACGUUUGCAGCUUCUGCAAGAGGGAAUUCCGAUCCGCUCAAGCUCUCGGCGGCCACAUGAAUGUCCACCGGAGAGACCGGGCGAGGCUGCGGCAGUCUCCGCCGAGAGACGGCGGAGGCAACGGCGGUGAGUUCUGUCCGUUAAUUAACCUAAAUCUUGAACCUAACCCUAACCCUAACCCUAACCCUAAUUCUAGCCCUAGUUUGCUCCCAUCUUCUUCUCCACCUCUGUCAUCACUCUCCACCAAAUUCCCUCAUUUCACUUCCAAAUUGCCCCCACCUGCACCCAUAACCACUGAUUUCAUGAAGGUGAGGGCGGCGAAAGGGCUUCGAUUCGACUCGUCGUCGGCGCGGAAGAAGCCGGGGUUUGUGAGGCUGGACUUGGAGAUUGGGCUGAUUAAUCCAUCUAAGGAGGAGCUUGAUUUGGAACUUCGCCUUGGAUACACUUAGGUUUUGCAAUCAUAGAGUUAAAGAAAGUUGAAGAAGUGAGAAAGAGCAAAAAAUGGGGCAGUAAUUCAUGAUGAAUUUUCUCAUCCCUUUUUUAUGUGUUUUUUGCUCUUAUUCUAUGUUGUACUUUCUACCCAUAUUAGGUUUUUAGUGAUCAUAUAUAGAUGGUCAUGUAUUAUAUAAAACUGCAUU